AUGGAAGGCAAAGGGGCGCAGAAGGCACAGAACUGGCAAAAAUCAUCAGCAAAGCUUUAUGGCUUCGUGGUCGAAGCUGUUCGGGUCCGAGCAUCCGAGCUGUCUCUCUUGCUCUCACGCUGCCUGCGCUUGGAGAAAGUGAUUGGAGGGCUUGUCGCGGCGCAGCGGUCGAGGACUUUGGCCACCAACGUCAAGAAAACUGCCAGGCGAUGCGACCAAAAAGACUCAGCGAAUCUGCCGUACCUGAAGUUCACUUUGCAAGAAGCUCUGACAGGCCAUUCUACAUCAGUGCGGCGUUUCGAAGGUUUUUCUGACCUUCUGACCUACUGCAGUCAGGACUCUUCGAAAUACCCAUCCGCUGCUCAGGCACAUCGCUCAUCAACAGGUUCUGAUCCCGCAAACAGGACAUUUACCUGUGGACUUCGCCAUGGUUUCGAAACGGUUCUCGCCUCUUCGCAGAUGUUGAAGAGCCAGCGCUUCGUAUUGAAGCCUUAG